UGGGAUCUUGGGAUGAAAUGACUAAAUAAAAAUGAAGAUAAUAGUACUCUUUUAAAAUCAACCUCAGGAGCAGACCCAAAUAAAGAAAAAGGUAAAGCAUAAUUUGCGAUAUCAAGCAAUUCCUCCGUGUUGCGCGUCACGCCUCUGCAGAUCUCAGAAUCUCGAACAGACAGACAGAAAAACAGGCGUACAGACUGCUGGUCCCUGUGACGCUCGCCAUGGACCCCGCCAGGAUACUGCAGAUCAUCACCAACAGCACCUGGAUGGUGACCAAGCUGGUGGGCAGCGACCCGGUGGAGUUCGAGCAGCCGGAGUAUGAGGUGACGGUUCCUGAGAACACCCGCGCUGACCACCUGCUGCGGCUGUCUGCCAGGGUGCGGGCCUCAGGUGAGACAGUGCAAUACAAAUUGGUGCAAGGCAAUGAAGCCGGUCUGUUCCGCCUCGACCCAACCUCAGGCAACCUCUCGCUCCUACGCCCUCUUGACUACGAGCUGCAGCAACAGUACGAGCUGGUUGUGGAGGCUGUGGCGGGCGAGGCAAAGACCAAGACGCGGGUGGUGGUGAAGGUGGAUGACCAGAACGACCAUGCGCCGGUGUUCCUGAGGGCGCUGCACGAGACCCAGAUCACUGAGGAGGACAACAGACACCUGCCCAAAGUCAUACUGAAGCAAGUGACGGCGGUGGACGGGGACGCGGGUCGGUUCGGCAGGCUGGCUUACACCAUUUCCGGGGACGGAAUGUUCGCCAACGGGUCGCGGCCUUGCUUCUCCGUGGACGCCGCCUCGGGCACCGUGCUGCUCCUCAGGCCCCUGGACCGCGAUCCUCCCCAUGGCCGGCCUCAGUGGCACUUGAGGGUGACGGCCACGGACGGAGAGCUAGAGGCGCACACCGACAUCCGUGUUAACCUCAAGGACGCCAACGACAACGCGCCUUUCUUCCCUUCCCGCACCACCACCGCCACCGUCUCCGAGGACACGCCCCUCGGGUCGUCGGUGACGCGCGUGGUGGCCACGGACCACGACGACCCCCAGGAGGGAGACAACGCCAAGGUGACCUUCUCGCUGGAGAAGAACGCGAUCGACGAGUCGAGCGGCCGUCCCAUCUUCGCGAUCGACAGCGAGCUGGGCGUCAUCACCACGGCGCUGUGCUGCCUCGACCGGGAGAAGACCCAGCGCUACGUCAUCCAGGUGGUGGCGACCGACGGCGGCGGCCUCAAGGGCACGGGAACGGUGGUGGUGGACGUGGACGACGUGAACGACGUGCCUCCGAGGUUCUCGCGGCCCGAGUGGACGCUGGACGUGCCUGAGAGCCUCGACCCCGACAACGUGCUGGCCACACUCACCGUCGUGGACCAGGACGUCACCAACGACUUCGCCUACAGGGUGGUGCCGGGCAGCGGGCGGGGCUGGCAAAUGUUCCGUGUGGAGGCCGCGUCUGGAUCCUUACCCGGAGGAAACCUGAGGUCUGUGGAGUCACUCGACUACGAGGAUCCUGACCACCGGCAGGGCUUCCACUUCAAGGUUCAGGUGACAGAUAUGGGGGAGGCUGCGUGGGAACGGACUGAUCACGUGGCGGAGACCAGGGUGAGGCUCAAUGUGGUGGACGAGAACGACAACGACCCAGUGUUUAGUGAGGAUGUUAUCCAUUUAACCCUCCCAGAGGACACCCCGCGAGGAUCCCUCCUCGCCUCCUUCACGGCCCUUGAUCCGGAUGUUGGUGGUGACAGCCGUGUCCAGUACCAGGUAGAUCCAGCCAGCGAUCCUGGCCACCAAUUUGAAGUUGACGAGACCGGGGCACUGCACCUGGUGGGAGGGAUGGAUCGGGAAGCUAGGGAUACCCACAGGGUGAUGGUGCUGGCGGUGGACGACGGGGUGCCGCCCAGGACGGCCACCGCUACUCUGGCAAUCAAUGUGACAGAUGUGAACGACAACCCGCCGUUCCUGUCUGAACCUCGCGAGGUGCAGGUGACGGAGAACAGCCAGGCACAGCUGGUGGCGCGGGUCAAGCUGGGUGACCCCGACGACUGGCGGCAGGGUCACGGGCCGCCCUUCACCAUCUCCCUGGAUCCCCGCGCGCCGCCCCACGUCAGUGACAGUGUCAGAGUCACGCUGGACAGGAGAGGAGACGACGGGCGGGGCGUGGGCGUGGUGUGGACGCGGGCAGCGCUGGACCGAGAGGAGCGUCCCAUCCUGCUGGUGCCCCUGGUGGUGGGCGACGCUGGGUGGCCGUCCCUCACUGCCACCGUCACCCUCACCCUGCACGUGGCCGACGUCAACGACAACCCCAUGGCGCCCGCCGCCAAGACCGUCACCGUGCACACAAUGCAGCGGCAGGGAGCGGCAGUGCCUCUGGGACGCGUGUAUGUACAAGACCCAGACGAUUGGGACGCUGCAGCCAAAACCUAUGCUUCGACAGCCCACGGUGGCUUCUUUCUCGACACCUCCAGCGGUCAUCUUACCAUGGCGCCCUCCACCCCAGACGGCCAGUACGACCUUGGCUUUUUAGUAAGUGACAAAAGUCAUAACCAAAGUGAAGUGGAGGCAAAUGUUACUGUUCAAGUCAGAUGUCUGAAACCCAACCACCUUCUUUACUCCACGCCCUUCACACUGCCCAUCAACACUGACACUGUUGUAAGACAAAGGAAUGUGGAAGAGACCUCCAUCCUUUCUCGAAUACUAGCUGCCGUGCAGAAGUGGGUGGGAACGAAAGGCAAAGAUGUUCAAGUUCUGUCAGUGGAGCCAAUUGAAAAAGAAAAAAUUCCAGCUACACGUGUGUGGCUGUCAGCUGUGGGAAUGAUGAACUUUGACCACAUUUUGUUAUAUCACAAAAAUGAGCUGAGUGCGACUAUCGGAAUCACCGUGCAGGACGUGGGCACCGUCACAUGCCGGGAAAACCUUAUUCAAUCGCCGGACGCCAUGGCGGAGGAAAGGUGUGUGGGCGGCUGCUGGGUAGGCCUUGCUGACGACUUCAUCGUGGUAGACGCCAAUUCAUCUGCGGUGGUGGGGCCGCGGGUGGUGGUGCGCGGCCCUUGUGGCUGUACUAGCUCCACCACGCCCGUUCAGAUCAGAUCCUGCUCCCCCAAUACCUGCCUCAACGGCGGCAGGUGCCUCAACACAUCUUCGGGCACCCGAUGUAUAUGUCCUUACGGCACGUGGGGACAGCGCUGCAAGAUGCUCUCCAGAUACUUCAAGGGUAAGGGAGAUGGGCAUGAGGCUGCUGCUACAGGAACCUCAGACGAGACUUGGGCGUGGGUGCCUCCUAUCCCGCCUUGUACUGAGGUGCACGUGAGCCUGGAAGUAUUGAGCACGACGGAGUCAGCUGCACUGCUUUACUCUGGCCCAGACCAGGACACUGAAUCAGGCAGCCAUGACUUGCUGCUGCUGGAGCUGCGUCAGGGACAACCAGUGCUGCUGCUGGACCUGGGUGGCGGCCCUGUCACCCUCACCCUCAACUCCUCCUCCUCCCUGGCUGACAACACGUGGCACAGGAUAGACCUCAUCUGGAAGCACGAGCUGCUGGAGAUGAUUGUGGACUUGUGUAUGGGCGACAGCUGGGACGAGCCGCUCACGUCUUCUCCAGCUGUCAGCAACACGUCCACGCUAGUCAUCCCUGAUGUCCACGCGUGUCGCGGCACCGCUGUCCUGCCGCGGAACGCCCGUGUACUGAACACAGGAGGAAUGCUUCAAGUGGGCGGUUUGGCACAUCCUCUGCCGACUCUUCUCAUGGCUAGGGAUGAAGCUCCCAUUCCGCUGCACUUUCGUGGGUGUAUAAAAAAUCUCAGAGUCAAUGGAGAGCUGGUGGACUUGGGAAACAAGAUACUCAGCAGGGGAAGCUCUUCAGGUUGUGCUGCUGCUGACUGCCUAACCAACCAACUUCACUGCGGCCCGCAUGGCAGGUGUCAGGGGUCACCGGGGUCCCUGCGGUGUGAGUGUCAGCCAGGGUGGGGCGGCCCGGGCUGUGCCUCGCCCACCACGCCCGCCACCUUCCUCCCUAACAGCUACGUCAAGCUGGCCCUGUCCUUCUCACCGCUGGCCUACACCACCUCCAUCACCCUCAGGUUCCGCACCCUGAGGAGAAGAGGCGAGCUGGUGGUGCUGUCAUCGCAGCACGGGCGGGACAGCUGGUCUAUACAACUGGUGGACGGCCGCUUGUGUGCAGUGUUGCAUCUCCAUCCUCGACCCCAAUCUUCACUGUGCCUCACAAGAGCUGCCCUCACCGAUGGCCGAUGGCACUCUGUUUCCUCCACCAGGUAUGGCUCGGCAAUUUUUCUUGAAGUGGACGACGGGGACGGUGACCUGUACAACGCUUCGCUGGUGCUGGAGGGAGAACAGUUGCUGGAUGUGGACAAGCAAGAGGGCGUUCGUGUGGGCGGGUCUCCAUACUUCCAAGAGAAAGGAGUUCUUAAAAUUCACAAUGAUUAUUUUGAUGGCUGCAUCGAUGAUCUGCGCAUCUCAGAUCGCAGCGCGCCGCUGGCACCGGCUGUCAACAGCACACCUUGGGGCCAAGCAAGCGUCUUCAAGGGUGUGGAGCAGGGCUGUGUCGCCCCCUCUGCCUGCACCAAUGUUUCCUGCAGACCACCACUCUCCUGCAUAGAUACCUGGAGGUCCUACCACUGCGGAUGUGGCGAGGGCCGCGUGCUAAGACGGGGCCGAAUGAUGUGCGAGGAUGAGGAUGAGUGUGUGUGGCAGCCUUGCCUGAACGGAGGCUCCUGCUUCAACACUCAGCCAGGCUACGUGUGCUCCUGCCCGGCUGGGUUCAGUGGACAGCACUGCCAGCUGCCUGAUGUGGGCCAGACCUCCCUCAAGCUGCCCGUGGGCGUCCUGGUUACCAUCGUUGUGUGGUGCAUCUUCCUCGUGUUGCUGGUGUGUGCCUUCCUGCUCCAUCAACACCGCCGCAGUGCACUGCGCAGGUGCAUAACAGACACCAAGGAUAAUUCAGUGGACUGCAAGGAUCAGGUGGCGCCGCCGUGCAGCCACACACCCAACUUGCUGGAGAUGCAAUUGCUUAAACCACCCAGAGCCAAUGGCCAGCCCGCCUGGACCAGGAACCCCAACAUUGCAGACGUAGACGUGCUGCAGGUGGAUGUUGUGUUGCCUGCCAACACAAGGGAAGAGGACGACAGCUGCGUCUCCCAGCCGUCCUAUGGAGGAGGCAGCCAUCAAGGUUCGCUUAGCAGAAGGACGAGUAAGACCAGUACCGUACUUGACGCAAGUGAUCUGAAAAACUACGAGUACGAGGGUGAAUGUGCUUUCCCUGGAUCAUUGACUACCCGUGCGUGACGGUAAAUAGGCAGAAACAGGAGGUGCUCAGGGUGACCAUGACGCAUCUCUGCGCCGCCCCGCCACGGGGAACAGAUGCACUUUCUCGCCAAGUGUCGCGUUUCUUCCUACUUGGUCGUCUUACUGGAAGAAUUGCAUUUUUAAAACGAACAAAAUAUUUCUUCACGGCAUUCUGCAAGUUAGAGGUUGGAAACAGGAAGCCUCUCAUUGAUGGCAUACUGGCACGGAAGCAGCACUCCAUGUGUACAUUUUUCUUUUUAUUUCUUCCAACAAAACAAAACGUUCAAGAGUCGUGCCUGCUGCCUUCCUCGCGUGAAAGGGGAUGGUACUAUGUCGAUGAUAAUCUGACGUUGUUGGAAAGUGUCAUCAGGGCUGAGCUACAGACACUACCGAACUGCUGCUGAUUAGACGUCUCCGCCAGGACACUAUGUGAAGGACCUGAAUAUCUCUAGGACAGGAAAACUAUAAAAUUGCCCCUUGUCCCAUGUCUUUAUAGAAGAACUUAGACGUAUCUAGACGAGCCUUUGGUAAUGUCUAGUGAUGACGAGGAGGUCCAGCAAUAUUUUAAGACUUGGCGUCACCGUGAGACACAGCACGCCUGAAAAACUGGCGGGGAGGGACAAGUGGCGGCGCUCACUACCUUCAUCUUCGUCCAACAAAGCGAAGUACCACACCUUACAAGCAACACGAGAACACUGGUGAUGCAGCCGAGCAGAUCUGUGACUGUUACACUUAGUGCAGUCCUGCUGAGUUCAAACAAUUAUAUUGUAUUUCCUAAAACUUUUGUACUUUCAUCAUGAUAACUGACCAUAUCCCAUAUUCUCGUGUUAAAGGUAACCUCGUGAGAAACUGUCAAAAUUAUUAUAACAGAAGCAUGGCGUACCAUAAGAUCUAUGAGGUGACAAGUGAGGUUCCUUCCAGGCGAAGCUUUUCGAGGUAUGUUUAUUGCAGCACCAGCACUGCAAGCAAUCAGUGCAGUAAAGUGCUAUGAUUAUAUAAUGAAAAAAAAAAAACUUGAUUUGCUUCGUCUAGAAGUGAGCACAAAUCACAAGCGUUCACAAACCACCAAGACGGUUGAUGUCUUAGCACAAAGCAUUCUAGGUUAAGGUGGCAGCCUUGUCCGCUGACACGGCCUUUCUGCACCACUUUGUAUGAGCUUUCUUACACGUGCUGGAACAUAUAUUCAGUAUGAACAGCUAAUUUUGAUACUAUAUUUUUAUACAUGUAUCUACCUGAGAGUACUUAAAGUAUCUGUAUAUGAAAUUUGUAUGCUAUCAUGCAUGUGCAUCCUUCUUGGCUUGUGUUGCUAAGAAGAGAAUGGUACAAAGCUGGGGACUAGCAUAUAAUAAAUCAAUAACCUAU